AUGUGCGACUAUCGAUUUCACUUUUUAGUGGCCGGUGAUAACGGAGAGGUGGAGAAAUGGCGUAUCUCUUGUGAAUUAGAUAUGCGAAAUGUGUCUGCCAUGUUCACAAUACCUACCAUCUAUGUCACAUUACAGCCGAAACAUAGUCCAAGUCCGUAUACUCAGGCGAGUGUACCAAUGUACCCUUCGUAUGGCUAUCCAGGUGGGUUUAUGAAUUUAUUUGCCGCUCAGGGCCCACCUCUCUAUCCAUAUGGUGUUGUGUAUCCACCUAUAAUGAGUCAACCAUCAACAUCUAAUCCGGCGAACAAUGACAACAUGGUGCCUGACACCUCUAAAAGGGUAGAAUCAAAUCAACCCGGUGCCUCACGACAUUCUCCCGAACAUGUCGAUUGGGGUGUGGAUAGCGGGUUCAAUGGGUAUUCAACUGGGAAUGAUGAAGGUGAUGGUGAAGGUCAUGAUGAAGAAGUUGAUGAUGAAUUUGAUGAUGGGGGUGAUGAUGAAGUUGAUGAUGAAGGUGAUGAUGAAGUUGAUGAUGAAGGUUUUGAUAACGAGCAAUUUUGUGAUCCUUACAAUAAUGAGACGAACAUGAACGAUAAUCCUUGCAAUGAUGAUCUUCUAAAUGAUAUGGAUGAUAACAUUGAUGAUCCGGACUUCAUAAUUGAAGAAGAUGAAGAUAUCAGCGACAAUGUUGUGUCCCCCUCAAACAUGAUGGGUGGUUUAAAUGAGCAUAUUCUACGCAACAAGAAGAGUAUAGCGAUCCACAAUGUUCCUCGGCUUGACCUUUCUGGAGGGGUUGCUAUUGAAGAGGACGAUUUGAAUGAAAUCGCUACUCGUUCGAGUAGCGGUUGGAGGAUUCCCGAAGCCAAUUUUCACAAUGUUGAUGUUCAUCCUUCGUCUGAAGAGCCGUCAAUGAUAGACCGUGAAUUAGCCAAAGGCGUUGUCAUUGAAAAGAUUAUGGGUGACAUGGAGCGUGAUCAUGGCAUUAAGCUAAAAUACGAUACAUCUUUGAGGUCUCAAAACGCCGCCUACGACUUUAUGUAUAGAGAUCACAAGAAAUCCUGGGAACUUUUGUUGGCGUAUUUUCAUAUGUCGAUGAAGGAAAAUCCUGGAACAUCGGCAUACAUUGAGACAGAUAAAGAUGACGUGUUUGAGUAUGCUUUCAUUUCUUUUCAUGCGUCUCCAGGCUUCCUCAGUUAUUGUCGGCCCGUUAUUGUGAUUGACGGUACGCAUUUGAAGGGUAAGUAUAAAGGCAUCUUAUUUGUAGCAACUACAAAGGACAAAUAUGAACAAAUUUUUCCUUUGGCAUUUGGUAUCGGUGAUAAGGAAUGUCACAAUGCGUGGAUGUGGUUUCUCCAAAAGCUUCGCUCCACUUUCGGAUGUCCGGAAAAUUUAGUAAUUGUUUCUGAUCGCCACCCGAGAAUAAAGUCUGCUAUGGAGGUUGUCUACCCUGAAGUCGUACAUGCCAUAUGUUCCUACCACCUUCGACAAAAUAUUCGAAGUCACGGGUCUAAAGCUGUUGGUUUAUAUAUGAAAGCUUCAUACACUUAUUCUCCCGUUGUGUACGAAAAGUCGGUGGUCAUGCUUGCGGCAAAACAUCAUAAAACAUGGGAGGAUUUGAUUGAAGCCAUUCCAACUAGGUGGGCACGAAGUCAAUGUCCUGUGAGACGAUAUAGUUUCAUGACGUCAAAUGCUUGUGAGGUGCUUAACAAUAGGUUGCGUUGGGCAAGGAAAAUUGCAUGUUUGCUCAUUGUUUGA